AUGGCUAUUGUAGUGAUGGCUAAGUUUAACAAAUCCAGUUCCCGGAGCAGUGAUAUCUGUGUCACCAGUGCUGACAAAAAUAGCACCAAAAGUCACAACUCGGGAGAGUUUGAUUGGGAUGAGAGCACACAGGGAGUGAUUUUGGGCGCAUUUUUCUACGGAUAUCUCGUGUUUCAAGUGCUCGGCGGACGACUGGCCGAGCUUUUUGGUGCCAAAUGGCUGUGCACUGGAGGUAUAGCCGCCUCUUUAGUUAUUAAUGCGUUGACACCACUAAUCGCCAGAUCUGGUUAUUAUUGGCUACUGUUGGCCAGUCGUGUGGUGUUGGUUGUGAAAAGUGAGCCCAAAGAUCAUCCAUGGAUUUCAGAGCACGAACUCAAUUACAUUCACUCAAACAUUGCCGCAAAUAAUACAAGUGUUGACAAUAAAGAUAGGCCUAAACGGUCGGUGCCGUGGCUUAAGAUAUUGACAUCAAAGGAAUAUAUGAUUGACUUCACAAUCCUUAUAGAUCGGACUCAUAGGAUCAUUAAUUUACGUUUAUUUAUGAGCGGAUUUUUGGCCGACUUUAUAAUAAGUAAAAAUAUUAUGGAUAAAACAUUAUUGAGAAAACUCUUUGAAACAACCGCUACGUUAGGCUCUGGUAUCUGUUUGGCAGCCAUACCACUGUCUGGAUGCAAUGAUACACUUGCAAUGAUUGCUUUAGGUAUGAUUGCCGGGGGAGAGUCAGCAGUAGUAGCAGAUCUAUCGGGAAAUUUUACGGCCACAGUGUUUGCAAUCGGAAACACCAUAGCGUUUACGUGUGGUUUCAUAACACCACUAGUGAUCGGGUAUAUACUCGAUGCCAGCGAUCAGACCCGACGGCAAUGGAGUUAUAUCUUCUAUAUGUCCGCCGCUAUCAAUAUAUUAGGAGGCGUUGUGUUUGCUAUCUUCGGGUCAGCGAAACGCCAGGAUUGGGAUAUGGAUGAGGAGAGUGUAACAGACGAUAGUGUAAACUACCUUUUAAAAAAUAUAAAAGCCACCACGAUCAAUACGAGACACACCACAGCCAAUACGCUGAUGCCGGCAAUCCAACCGCCGAGGGGUGGGUCAGCCUUUUCUGUCUCACAUUUGUCUCCACUCCAACCCCCGUCGCACAGACAGGCGUUACCAUUCUUACCCUUCGGCACACAUUUACCACGAUUACACUGA